AUGGCCGAAGACUCCUUCCUGCAUCUUGCCCGCCCCCUAGGCCCCGUCUCCGUGGGGACCGCUCCUACUACCGCCCCUCUUAAUGUGGUGAUCCAGCCGCAGGCUAUCUUCUCUAUUCUCGACCACUCUCUUCGCCGCAAUGCAGACCAGGAACGUGUCAUCGGAACUUUGCUGGGAACACGAUCGGAAGAUGGAAGCGAGGUUGAGGUGCGCUCCGCCUUUGCCGUGGGUCACUCUGAAGCCGAAGAUCAGGUUGAGGUCGACAUGGAAUACCACAAGCAGAUGCUGGCAUUGCACCUGAAGGCCAACCCGCGCGAGGUCUUGGUCGGCUGGUACGCCACCGCCUCGGAGCUCAACACUUUUUCCGCUUUGAUCCAGAACUUCUACAGCGGCCAAGGUGAUGGCACAUGGCCGCACCCCGCCGUUCACCUGACUGUUUCGACUGAGGCCGGCAAGGACCUCGAAACUCGCGCCUACAUUUCCGCCCCCGUUGGUGUUACCGCUGAGCGGGCCGCCGACAGCGCUGCCUUCAUUCCCGUUCCAUAUGAGCUUCGAUACGGUGAGGCUGACAAGAGCGGUCUCGAGGCCAUUGCCAACGCCAAGGAUUCCGAAGAUCGCUCUGCCUCCACCAUCUCCGAUGUUGAGGCUCUUGAGCGUGCUAUUGAGGAGGUUCUUUCUAUGAUUGACCGUGUGUCCCGUUACGUCGAGUCUGUUAUCGAUGAAGAGACUCCUGCUUCCACCGCCAUGGGUCAAUUCUUGCUGAACGCUCUUGCUCUGGCACCCAAGGUUGAGCCCGCUGACAUUGAGCGUGACUUCAACAACCACAUUCAGGAUGUCUUGGUCGUUUCUUACUUGGCCAACACUGUUCGCACACAGAUGGAGCUUUCCAACCGGCUAGCAACUGCUCAACUUACCCUUGGUGGCGGCGAGUCUGCCAAUGCCGGUGGUGAGGGCAACCAGCGUGGUGGUCAGCGCGGCGGCAAGGGAGGCCGUCAACCCCGUCAGGACCGGGCUCCUACUGAGGAGGCCCGCGCAUAG